UCUGUCCACAUUUUAUCGCGAUUUUACUAAUGGCGUACUACUCCAACGAGUAUUUAACGGAAUACUAUAAAUUUCCAAUAAAUCAUUUUCUAUAACCAAUUGUUUUCUCAUAAAACAGGCACUAAUCUCGUGAGUAAAAAAUGGCGAAAUCGAAUCGACAUUUCGAGCUGAACAAUGGCGCAAAAAUCCCGUCGGUUGGACUCGGCACAUGGAGGGCUGAUGAUGGAGUCGUAGGCGACGCCAUCACCACUGCAAUUAAGGUUGGGUAUCGGCAUAUUGAUUGCGCUCAAUUAUAUGGCAACGAGAAAGAGAUUGGUAAAACUCUUAAGAAGCUGUUUGAAGAAGGAGUGGUGAAGCGCGAAGAUUUGUGGAUUACUUCCAAGCUCUGGUGUUCUGAUCAUGCUCCAGAAGAUGUACCUUUGGCCUUAAACAGAACAUUGAGUGAUUUGCAGCUUGACUAUGUUGAUCUUUAUCUGAUGCACUGGCCUGUUAGCAUGAAGAAAGGUUCAGUAACUUCUGAUCCCGAGAAUCUCACUAAAGUCGACAUACCAAGCACGUGGGCAGCAAUGGAGUCACUCUGUGAUGCUGGCAAGGCUCGGGCAAUUGGUGUGAGCAAUUUCUCAUCCAAGAAGCUCAGCGACUUGCUAGACAUAGCGCGUAUUCCUCCAUCCGUCAACCAGGUGGAAUGCCACCCCGGCUGGCAACAGCUGCAGCUGCAUAGCUUCUGUCAGUCCAAAGGGGUUCAUCUAUCGGGAUAUAGACCUCUUGGUAAAAUGCUUGAUGAUCAAGUAUUGAAUUUGAUUGGUGAGAAAUUGGGGAAGACUCCGGCACAAGUUGCUUUGCGCUGGGGUUUGCAGAUGGGCCAUAGUGUGCUUCCAAAGAGCACUAAUGAGAAGAGGAUUAAAGAAAACUUUGAUGUGUUUGAUUGGACCAUUCCUCAAGAUUUGUGUGACAAGUUCUCCGAAAUUGAGCAGGUGAAAUUAGUCCCUGGGAAUACUUUUGUGCAUGAGACGUUGGGUUACUACAAAAACUUACAAGAGCUCUGGGAUGGUGAAAUCUGAGAGGGAAGUACUUUAUAAUCUCACUAGUAAGAACUACUAUUAAACUAGCUAAUCUCAAAUUGCAAAUAAAUAAUGGCGAACCUUUUGAAUAAAGUGCUGAUGGUUUGGUAUUAUGGUUUUGAAGGCAAUUCACAAUUGAAAAUUGGUAUAUCCUGAGCUACCCGAUUUAUAUGUACAUAAUGUUUGAAAUUGAUGUCUAUGGCUGUGAUUCAAAUGCUUUUACAUAACUUGAGCUCGUCAGAGUAUAGACAAUUUUCUCUUUUGGGAUAAUUUUUUACUUGCUAAUGUACAUCUCAGUUGAUUAAUGAAUGCUUAAAUAUGUUGUGCAUCGUCCAAAUAAAUUUUGGUUAUACGUAGUGACUUA